CGGUGGUCGGAUAACAGAGGGCAGAAACAAUGGCGGAGAGGUAUUCAGGUUCAGGUGGGAGCUGGGCAGGCUCUUACAAGGGAUUGUCAGCGGAUAACAUUAGGGAUUGGUAUUGGCAUUGUCUUCCAGCUUCUUCAUUGGCGCCAGCUUUAUUGUUAAGAAAAAGGGCUUGAAGAAGGCUGGUGCUUCUGGGCUUAAUU